ACCUCUAAAUGUCUUGACAGCUCUGUACAAUGCAGUGUUUUAGUCGCAGGACUAAAACUGAAGAAAGUGAAGCAGAGUUAAGUUGCAGGGACUUGCUUGCUAAGAGCUAGUGAGCGGAAUUAUUCCGGCAACUCCGUAGCUUACCCCGGGCAGCUUAGUGGAGGUGACGAGGAGCUUGGAACAGGGCCCAACUCGGGUCACGUCACGUUACGUCGUUUUUUUCACUGCCUUUUCUAAUAAAGUACAGCUUCAGGGCAUUCAUGAAGUUGAAGUUCUCAUAACUGUUUGGUGUCAAGGUAAACUAAAGUUAUUAUAUUGUGUAAUAUAGCCAAAUGGAAACCCACAAUAACUGCCAUCAGGAGUUAAGAGGAUGCCAGCUCCGAUCAGACUGCGGGAGCUGAUCCGGACCAUCCGGACGGCCCGGACCCAGGCCGAGGAGCGAGAGAUGAUCCAGAAAGAGUGCGCUGCCAUCCGCUCAUCCUUCAGGGAAGAGGACAACACCUACCGCUGCCGAAAUGUGGCCAAGCUGCUCUAUAUGCAUAUGCUGGGUUACCCAGCACACUUUGGGCAGUUGGAGUGCCUGAAGCUGAUUGCAUCCCAGAAAUUCACUGACAAGCGGAUAGGGUACUUGGGGGCCAUGUUGCUGCUGGAUGAGAGGCAGGACGUCCAUCUACUAAUGACAAACUGCAUCAAGAAUGACCUGAACCACAGCACACAGUAUGUGCAGGGCCUGGCCUUGUGCACCCUCGGCUGCAUGGGCUCGUCGGAGAUGUGUCGCGAUCUAGCCGGAGAGGUGGAGAAGCUCCUCAAAACAUCAAACUCCUACCUGAGGAAAAAGGCAGCUCUGUGUGCUGUCCACGUUAUCAGGAAGGUCCCAGAGCUGAUGGAGAUGUUCCUCCCGGCAACGAAAAACCUGCUCAGCGAGAAGAACCACGGUGUCCUUCACACAUCUGUGGUUCUGCUCACUGAAAUGUGUGAGAGAAGUCCAGAUAUGCUUUCACACUUUAGAAAGCUGGUCCCACAGCUGGUGAGAAUCCUGAAGAACCUGAUCAUGUCCGGGUACUCGCCCGAGCACGAUGUGUCCGGCAUUAGCGACCCCUUCUUGCAGGUGCGAAUAUUGAGGCUACUGAGAAUUCUAGGCAAAGGGGACGAUGACUCCAGUGAAGCUAUGAAUGACAUUCUUGCACAGGUUGCGACCAAUACAGAAACAAGUAAAAAUGUAGGCAAUGCAAUUCUCUAUGAGACGGUUCUAACCAUAAUGGACAUCAAAUCGGAAAGUGGAUUAAGGGUGUUGGCCAUUAACAUCCUUGGACGCUUCCUACUCAACAAUGAUAAAAACAUCAGAUACGUUGCGCUGACGUCUCUACUGAAGACCGUGCAGACGGACCACAACGCUGUGCAGAGGCAUCGGAGCACCAUUGUGGACUGCUUGAAAGAUUUAGACGUUUCGAUUAAGCGGCGGGCGAUGGAGCUGAGUUUCGCGUUGGUCAACGGCAACAACAUUCGGGGGAUGAUGAAGGAGCUGCUCUACUUCCUGGACUCGUGCGACCCGGAGUUCAAAGCCGACUGUGCGUCUGGUGUGUUCCUGGCCGCCGAGAAGUACGCACCCUCCAAGAGAUGGCACAUAGACACAAUCAUGAGGGUCCUGACUACGGCGGGGAGCUAUGUCCGGGACGACUCGGUCCCCAACCUGAUCCAGCUGAUUACGAACAGUGUGGAGAUGCAUGCUUACACUGUGCAGAGACUCUACAAAGCACUGCUGGAUGACAUCUCACAGCAACCUCUGGUGCAGGUGGCGUCCUGGUGCACAGGGGAGUACGGAGACCUGCUGGUGUCAGGGCAGUGUGAAGAGGAGGAGCCCAUCCAGGUUACUGAGGAUGAGGUUUUGGAUGUGUUGGAAGGCCUCCUCGUCUCCAAUCUCUCCACCCCUGUUACCCGUGGUUACUCCCUGACUGCCAUCAUGAAGCUGUCGACUCGUUUCAGCAGUGUAAACCGCAUCAAGAAGGUGGUGUCCAUAUACGGGAGCAGCAUAGACGUGGAGCUGCAGCAGAGGGCUGUGGAGUAUAAUGCACUUUUCAAGAAAUAUGAUCACAUGAGGCCUGCCUUACUAGAGCGCAUGCCCAUCAUGGAGAAGACCUCCACCAAUGGCCCCACAGAGAUCGCGCAGACCAAUGGGGAGACGGAGUCUGCUGUUCUGGACACGAAGCUCACACCUGCUGUCCCUCAACCCGCCAGUCAGGCUAAUGAUUUGUUGGACCUGCUGGGGGGCAACGACGUGGCUCCUGUGAUCCAGACCUCUGUGCCCACCAAGCCUGCCUCUGCUGGAGGCGAGCUGCUGGAUCUGCUCGGGGAUCUCUCUAUGACUGGUGGUCCUACCCCUGCCCCUGCUUCCUCUGCUCCCAUCUCCCAGCCCCCCUUCCUCCUGGACGGCCUGUCCUCACAACCCCUGUUUAACGACACCGCAGCAGGUAUCCCUCCCAUGACGGCGUACAAUAAAAAUGGACUGAAAAUCGACUUCACCUUCGAGAGGUCGAACCAAAACCCCAACAUCUCGGUCAUCACCAUCCACGCCACCAACACGACAGAGGCGGAGAUGACCGAGUUUGUUUUCCAGGCUGCAGUACCAAAGACAUUCCAGCUGCAGCUGCUGUCCCCUAGCAGUAAUAUAGUCCCGCCGCUCAACCAGGGCAAUGUCACGCAGGUCAUCAGAGUUCUCAACCCACAGAAGCAACAACUGCGAAUGAGGGUCAAGUUGACAUACACCCACAAAGGCACCCCUGUGCAAGACUUGGCCGAGGUCAACAACUUUCCCCCGCAGUCCUGGCAGUGACAUGUUGCCCGCUCUCCCUCUUAAAAGACCCCAAUCAAGGGAACUAUGGGAAAGUAUCCCCCACCCUCUCCCCGUCCCCAUUCUGCCCCCCCCUUGUGACAUCGCCCGCAGACCGCCCACCGCCCCCUAGGGGUUGCAUGGGAGUCAGCGGUACAUUCUUGACCCACAGAGAACCAACCAACCAACUAGACGACGAUGGUAUGAAGACCAUGACAACGACUGUGACAAUGAUGAUGCAUCAUCUGAAAUAUCAGAGAAAAAACAAAAAAGCAUAUCCGAAUACCAAUUACUGUUUCUUUUUUGAUUUGGUCUCGCUCCCCUCUCACCUCCUCCCACCUUUAUUCAGCACUAAAGUCUCUACUCCCUGUCUUUCACACGCGCACACACACACACACACACACACACACACACACACACACACUCACUCACAUACUCACUCACACACACAUCAUGCUCACUCUCCAUUUCCUGCCCACUUUGGUCACUUCCUGUCAUCCUAGCGAGGGUUUCACCUCUCCAUUCACAAGGAGCCAUUUUCUAUGAGCGCUUGUGUAACCCCUCUAUUGUUUUUUUGUUGUUUUUUUUUUGUUUGUUUGUUUGUUUUUAAUCUAACCCUCAAUGGAGUGUCUUUUUUUUUCUUUUCUUUUUUGGGGGGUUUUAAGGAAACAUUUGCAACGGCUAGAAAAAUAUGUCCAAUAUACACACUGACUUAAUUCUAUGUCUAAUAUUUUUGGAAUUAGGAAAAUGUCUCUUUUGGAAUGGAGCUGGGAAACAAAUUUUCCAUUAAUCUCUCUUAAAUCUAUCCACCAAGUUGUCAUUUAAAUGCUUUCCUACCAUCUAUCCAGACAGACGGUUGUUUUAUUUUGUUAAAAAAAUAAAAACUCUAAGGCAUUAAUCAUGGCUUUGAAAGGUUAGCCUCCCAGAUAAUCUCCAUUUGUUUCACCUCUGAGUGCUAGUUUUGACCUGUUGUAUAUUUUUCAGCGGCUAACACAGGUCACAGGGUGAAUUGCAGUUGCUGACUUGAAGGACUUGAGCGAGAGCUAGGACAGUAGGUCUAUAAGGCCCCUCCAGCUAGCCAGAGAUGACCGGGGUACGACACACAUGCAUCUCUGUAGAGCACGCCACCAACACCUACACUGGUUGGUGAGCAGCCCAGUGAGCCACUGUAAAAGCUUUUAGAGGACUUCUCCUGGACUUUGCUAGGCACCUUUUUUUUUUCUUCCCCUUUGCAAGUGUUUGCCUUUGUGUUUGGAUUGGAAUGAGGUUUCCCAGGGUGACAUGUUUACCUCCAGCAGAGGACUGUGUGGGGGGAUCAAGUGAUGCAGUCUCAUAGUGAUUGAUUUAAAAUGUUUGGUUUAGGCGAUAAUAACUUUAUUAAUAAUAGUGAUGAUAAUAAUAAAGCAUCAUGAUGCACAGCCUGUCAGAGCGGUUAUCCAAAUGCAUUGUGGGCAAACAUGGAAUAGAUUGCCCAGAUGUCUACUGGUUUGUGUACAUAAUAGAUCAGUAAACUUGGCAUGAAAUUUGAUUCAUGGCUUUGGGUAUUCACACCAGUCUCACAAGACAUUUGCAGUUUGUUUUAAUCUGUCUUAGACAUUGUACACAUAUAAGUUGCGAAUGUAGUUACAUGCACUGAAUGCAUUUUUUUGUAGGCAUGUUAUUUUGAAGUUGACUAUGUCAUGGGCAGCACUUUUUUUCUGAUGUUACUUUUUUUUUCUGUAGUACUUUUUUUCCUUUUCUCUUUUUUUGUUCUUUCAUUUUGUUCUCUCUUAUUUAGAUUGUUUCAAAUGAUGCCUGAUUUUUUUUGGAAUCUAUGUGCCUUUCGCCAUUACUGGUAGAUAUGAAGCCCUCAAAAGUCUUGUUGAUGUCACGCGCGGGUUCACUUCCCACCUGGGGUGAAGGUGAGGUUCGUUUGACCUUUCGUGUCACGGUCCCUUUCACUUGCAUCCGUUUCUUUUCUUUUCUCUUCUCACCGGGGCUGAGAAACGGAUGCCGAGAGAGAGCUACUCCUAGGUCCGUAAGCCUUAGGCUGUAGUUAUAAACCACCGACCAGAGCUGGUCUUUUCUCUUGGUUGACCGUGUUGUUUGAGAACAUUAACCUGCAUACCUCACAAUGUGUCACCAUUCUUGUUGUUAAUGGUCAACGGCGCCAUGAUGGUCACGUGUAACCACUCACAUACCUUCGGGACGUCAGCAGGGCACCCACUUCAUCCACGCAUUUCUCUUCCGCCGCUAACUAGCUCGGCUGCCUACCAGCUUCUGCUUUUCUCGGGGGGUGUAUCCAUCCAAUUGGAGUGUUGACUCACCUAUGCCACAGUGUCUAACAUUUGUGACCAAAUCAGAUGUUUCUUUUGCUUACUUUGGAAAUAUUUUUGAGCAAUGCUAUAUGUAUAUGGAAAAAAAACGCUUCCUUCUAUUAGCUAGGGUAUUCUCUUUGUUUUCGUUUGUUUUGUUUUGACUUGACUAUCUCGGCUUUUUUCUGUACAUAUUGAGGGCUUUUAAGAUGCAUAAACUUGUCUUGCUCAUCCCUUUUUUUAGAUACCAACAUUUUUCUAAGACUUCCUUCCAGAACUGCACAGUGUAAUAUUGUCUUAAGAUCUUAAAAGUCCAGAUCAUGGUCUCAUUGAAAGACUUACCUGUCUCAAUGUCUUGAAAAACGAAAUGUAAUAUCUGCUGCCUGUAUAUUGUACAUAAUUGUAAAACAAGCAAAAGACCAGAUCAAAUCAAUUCCCAUUGGAAGACCUGUUAAGAUUAGAUAGGGACUAAAAUUGUAUACAUGUGUAAAAAAAAUAACAAUCUUGAAAGGCAACAUGUAUGAGCGGUGUUAUUACUUUCUCCUCUCUCUUGACUGCAUACGACUCUCUUUUUUUUCUCCUCUUUCGUUGUCUGGACGGCCGUGGGUACUGCAUGAUGUAGGGCUAAAGGGACACUCUGCUGUUCUAUGCCGUGCAGCGACACAGGCAGGGGCGGCUGUGUGUGUGUGUGUGUGUGUGUGCGCCUGUGUGUUUUUGAAGGCCAGUGUAUUGGCAUGGUCCUCUAGUAAAGCAGGUCUGGAAGUGGAAUGGGAUCAUUGCCAGUGGUGCGGCAGCCCCUCCUCCCACCCUCACCCUCCGCCCCAUUGUGUUGCUCACUGUGGCUAACACAUUGGGGCUAAUGACUGCAGCCCAGUCUACCUGCUAAUUAAUGGACUUACCUGCCUACAGAGCAGAAGCUUUCUCGCGGUCAGAUCUCGUACUCUUUGCUCUGUCCUUCGGCUGAAAGGUCGGUCUUUCUCGUUGAUAUUUGAAAGGAAACAAAUCUGACUCUCCUCUUGAGGCCCAUCAUUCCCCCACUAUCCCACCACAAUUUGACGGCUGACUAUAGAUUCUGCUUUGUGUCUGUCAGACCUAGGUUAGGCUCUUGGUCACUAUACCGCUGACUGAUGAUAACUGAUUUUACACUUGAGGGUGCAGUGAGUGGCGGCGGUCCAUUAGUUAUGCCAAACGUGAGUCUACAAACUCCUUGAGACUAUCAUAUCAUUCAACGAGUCCAUUUAUCACUGUACAAUCACCAUGGCUUGACUGACCGGCACAUUUCUUUGGGGAUGUUUGAUACGAUGAGCGUGUGUUUUAUUAUUGUGACGGCAUCCUUUUCAGAUUUAGCUUUUUCUUUGGGGCGAAACACGAAAGGCAGUGUGAUUUGCCGACAACAUGGACUUUCUUUCACGUCAGCGGUAGUUGGUUAAAUUGAUAUUGCCACCUCUUUGUUUUAUUGUCUAAUAUAGCGCAGUGGCAAUAAUCCACAUAGUGGAUGUUUUUGCAACUGAGGUCCAGUGCUGCUUAAUAUUUGAGAGGGAGGGAAAGGACAUCAGAGGAGACCGUUUGUCAUGUACUUCAGGCUAAGGGCCACAAGGGGGAGCGCUCAUGGAUUAUUAUGGUCUUUGGGAAGGGAAUACUGGAAAGUUGUCUCUUGUUUUUUUGUUUUGUUUUGGAUUUUUUUGUCCCAUGUUUUCUUUAUUUGUUACUUUAUCACCAGCAAAGUUGGUGCCCUCCCUGCUUUAAAUUUCCCUGAUUUAUGAAUGAUUUAUACAGAUUUUGUCUCUGCCUUUUAAUUAUAAAUUAUGAAGGGUGAAUAUCUAUACAACUGUAGUUAUGACACUGCAAAUGAAUAUUCAAGAGAAAUCCUUUGGAAAUCUGUGCUGCUGAUAAAGCUUUUUUUCUUUUGGUUAAUCAGCCCAUAUAAUUGUGUGUAUAUGUUGUGUUUGUGUGAAUGUGUAUGUAUGUGUGAGUGAGUGUGUGUUGCCAUGUCUGACAGCACCUCCUCACCUGUCAGGAUGUGUGUGCGUCUUUGGCUGCGAUGAUUUUUCGUUGAUUCUCUGCUGCAUGUGAGAAUCGUUUGUAAAUAGUCAUUUCUACUCUUUAUGUAAACUUCUUGUGGAAAAAAAUGCAAGUUCAAAAUAAUCAGUAAAUUCACCACACCUCCUUUGAUGGCUCGGAACUGACAUCUUUGUACAUUUGGACAUGUUCUGUAAAGAAAAUAUAUACAUAUAAAUAUAUAUAAAAAAAAGAAAACAAAUUACUGUCCAAUGCAGCGAUCAGCUUUUUACUCUGGAUGGGCUAUGGGGUAGGGUCACGUUGUUCAUAUGGAUGUAGUUGUCUUUGACUUCACCCCUGUUGGCAGGUGAUAGCUCCAUGCAUGGAGCUCUUGGACAAACACCUUUUCUCAUGCUCCCUCUUUGUGAACUGAAGAAAAUUAAAAAAAGAUACCCGUUGUUCUUUUGGAAAGUGAAACUACAUGUACCCCUGAAAAGAUUUUACACUGGCUGUUCUACCACAUUUGAUUUGUAAGGGAGAAAAACUUCUCUUUUUUCCCCCCUGAUGGGCUUGACAUGUUGAACUGAAUCAGAGUCCUGUGUCUUCAAGGAGAGUGUGUCGGACUGAAAAAAUAUGAUGAUGACGAUGAAGAUGAAUAAAAUGAGAGGUUGUAAACUACUAGAUGGGAUAUUUUAGACUUAUGCUGUGUAUUAUUGUCUUUGGGUUGGAGAUAUGAUCAAGAAAAUAAUAAAAAGUCAAAAUGAAAA